AUGCCGCCCCGAACGAGAGCGGGGGUUCAAAGCCAGAAGCAGAAAGAAAAGCUUGCCAGCUCCUACAAUGAACUCCUUGAAGAGUUCUCGUCCAAAGACCUCCGGAGUGUCGGCAAUUAUUCGCUAGGAAGACUCAUUGGAAAAGGCUCCUUUGGCAAGGUCUACCUCGCGUCGCACAAACUCACCAAUGGCUCGAAGGUGGUGCUCAAGUCGUCUAGCAAGGAGGAUACCAACCUGGUGCGCGAAAUCCACCACCAUCGCCAAUUCCUACACCCCCAUAUCGCACGACUAUACGAGGUGGUGGUGACCGAAAGUCUGGUCUGGCUGGUGCUGGAGUACUGUCCUGGCGACGAACUGUACAAUUACCUCCUCCGCCACGGCCCGUUACCGGUUGAGAAAGUGAAACGGAUAUUUACACAAUUGGUUGGAGCAGUCGCCUACGUGCACAGCAAAUCGUGCGUGCAUCGCGACUUGAAACUGGAAAAUAUCCUGCUAGAUAAGCAGGAGAACGUCAAGCUCUGCGACUUUGGCUUCACGCGCGAAUAUGAAGGGAAGGCGAGCUACCUCCAGACAUUUUGUGGGACGAUAUGCUAUAGUGCACCGGAGAUGUUAAAAGGGGAGAAAUAUGCCGGUGAAAAAGUGGAUGUGUGGAGUCUGGGCAUUAUUCUCUAUGCGCUUCUGGCUGGCGAACUGCCAUACGAUGAUGACGAUGACCAAGUCACCAAACGGCGCAUUCUGUCAGAAGAGCCGACAUUCAACGACAAAUUUACGGACGAUGCCAAGGCGUUGAUAAAUCUGCUGCUGUCUAAACGACCGUUGAUUAGGCCGAGCUUAGAUGAAAUCCUGGCGCAUCCUUUUCUCUCGGAACAUGCUCCUGAACAGCUUGCGAUUCUAAAAAUCCCAAGACCCUCGCCAUUCACAACGCCAUUGGAGAAGACCACUCUUCAGCGGAUGAAGAGUGCAGGUGUCAAUAUUGACGAGGUCAUUGAGAACGUAUUGGCUCAGCGAUGCGACCCGCUGGCUGGCUGGUGGGCUCUACUGAUCGAAAAGGAGCAGCGAAAGGAACAAAAGAGAGAGCGGAAGCGCCGCGAGCGAGAGGUCGAGGCAAAGAAUCUGCGCCGAUUGAGUGCCGCAAGCAGUCGUUUGGAGAAGCGGUCAUCCGCUCUUAUGGAGGUAGAGGAGGAAGGUCAGAGCUCAGAACUACGCAACCGUGGAAGACGGGACAGAAGAAGCUUACCUUCUCAAUUGGCAGUGCCGGAACUUCCUGCGCUCCCCGAACCGCUACCCGUUUUCCCGAUUGAAGCGACUACACCCCCAUUGCCGGUCGACAGAGAUUCCAUUCGAUCUCACGGCUCGUCGCGACGCCGUCCAAUUCCUCCACCAAAAGACAGGCGGCGAUCGCGGCCCAGCAUGCUGCAUGUGAGCGCAUCGCAGCCUGAGCUGACACAGCAUAAUGGGAUUUUCCGACGUCGCACGAGUCGUCGUCACAAUUAUCCGAUACUCAGCCAGCUAGCAUCGCUCAAGCACUGGUUCGUCGAAUCGGCGAAGAGGGCACGUUCUCCCCAUGCCAAGCCCACAGGCUCACGCAAGUUUCUUUCGGAUAAGCUAAGCCCGGCAAAGAGUCAGGAGAACGGAAAGAAAGCCGCAACUGUGUCGUCGCCAGCAAGCGAGGUCGCAGGUGAGGAUGUUCAAACACCAACUCAGACCAAUCGGUUCUCGACUGCAAGCAGCCUUGCGCCGAGCAGUGCUUCCUAUCGCCAGAAUCGCCACUCUUACCCCCGCCAACCAAGGGCACUGAACACAGGCCAUGCCAGUCAUCGCAAUUCGCUCUCCCCGUCGCCUAUCACUCCACGCGGAUCCUAUAGGCGCUCAUCAGCCGGACUACGAGGACGCAAAUCUACAUCCUCCUCAGUAUCCUCGAUUCGCAGCAUUCACCACACUCGUGCUCACUCCAAAGCAUCCUCGAUUUCUUCUAACAGUGUGGAUACCAUCUCAACACCUACCGCGAGAUCGUCCAGGUCGCCUCAUUCCUCUAUCAAGGUCCUACCAACCACGCCUGGGUCCUCUGCCCGGUUCCCCAGCAAUAUACGGUUGGUUCGAGGACCGGGUGGAACACCUCGCGAAGUACUUGACCGGACAGGCUCAAUGUCGACGUCCUUUAAUGAAGCAGCGCCAGCGCCAUUACUGUACUCGCCAUCCUCAAGCCUGGUGUUUGCGCGCCGAAAGAGAUCUGCCUUCAAGGGUCCUAUGCUGCACACGAGUAAUUUGAUGAUGUCUAACGGUACGGCCAGCUCUCCAAUCCCUGGUCAAUCAGUGAAUCCCAGCGACUCAGACCUGUCCGUCGGGCGACCAGCUGCACGCAAAAGCCAGAUCAUCGAAGAGGAAGAAGACGAUAAUGGUAUAGAAGAAGACCUCGAUGAAGUCGACGAGUUCGACGACCCUGGCACCCCCGGUACACCCGGCGACAUGGUGAUCCAAGACAACAGAACAGAGACCACUCCGAAAGUCUCGGUCGAACUGGAUUCUCCCAGCCGAACACCUUUUGCCCCCGUUCCUAACCUCGAAACCAGCCCCCUUCGGCCCCCUCGCUCGUCUUCUCUGCGCUCUCCAGAUAAAUCUGGUUGA